AUGGGACAAUCUAUAACAACUCCCUUGAGUCUUACUCUUGAUCACUGGCAGGACGUCCGGAACCGGGCUAACAACCGGUCAGUAGAAAUCAAAAAGAAAAGAUGGAUAACACUCUGCACCACGGAGUGGCCAACGUUCGAUGUUGGCUGGCCAAAAGAAGGGACGUUUAACCUUGAUCUUAUUUCACAGAUGAAGUCUCAGGUUUUCACCCAAGGUCCUCAAGGACACCCCGAUCAAGUGCCCUACAUUGUUACCUGGGAAGAUCUGGCCUCCGACCCGCCUCCUUGGGUCGCCCCUUUCUCUCCACCUAAGCUUCCUCCCCGUUCUCCCCUUGAAGCCCCACCCCCACCUUCUGCUCCACUUAUCCCGAUACCCGCACCCCCUCCUCAAACCUCUAGGCUUUACCCUGUUCUAGAUAAACCUGAAAACGUGACCCCAGCAGGAACAAAACCCAAGAAGGUCUUACUACCAGAGGAUUCAACUCUUAUAGACCUGAUGACUGAAGAACCCCCACCUUACCAUCCCCAACCUUUACCAGUUCCAGAUCCUAUCCAGGUUUCUUCAGAAGAAGAAGAACAAGAGGGUCUUUCAACUACCAAUGCCCCUCCGGGCCCAUCCCCCAUGGUGGGAAGACUUCGCGGGCGCCGAGAACCUACCGCCCCAGGGGAUGCUUCAAGGGCCUUCCCCUUGCAGCAGACAGGAGGACCUAACAGCCAAUAUCAGUACUGGCCUUUCUCAGCCUCUGAUCUUUAUAACUGGAAAACCCACAAUCCCUCCUUUACUAAUGAUCCUGUAGCCCUAACUUCCCUGAUUGAAUCUAUUCUAGUGACUCAUCAACCAACAUGGGACGAUUGUCAUCAGCUUUUGCAGACUCUCCUCACUUCAGAGGAGAGACAAAAAGUUCUCUUAGAGGCCCGUAAAAAUGUGCCUGGAGAUGAUGGGCACCCUACCCAACUCCCAAACUUGAUCAAUGAAGCUUUUCCCUUAAUUCGACCGGAUUGGGACUAUAAUACUGAUGCAGGUAGGAACCACCUACGUCUCUAUCGCCAGUUACUUAUAGCGGCUCUCCAUGGAGCAGGGCGACGGCCCACCAAUUUGGCCCAGGUAAGACAGACCACCCAGGGCUCAGAGGAAACUCCCACCGCAUUCCUAGAGAGACUAAAAGAAGCCUAUCGGAGAUACACUCCUUUCGACCCCGAUAGUGAGGAUCAGAAGGGAAACGUAUCCAUGGCUUUCAUUUGGCAAUCCGCUCCAGACAUUAGGACCAAGUUGCAAAAAUUAGAUAACCUACAAGACUUUACUUUAACGGACUUAUUGAAGGAAGCAGAAAAGAUUUUUAAUAAGAGAGAAGCCCCAGAGGAAAAGGAAGAAAGGAUCAGAAAAAUGCAGGAAGAAAGAGAUCUUAAAUUUAGAGAAGAGUUAGAUAAGAGAGAAAGAGAAAAAGAUCGAAAGCAUAAUAAAGAAUUAAGUAAGAUAUUGGCCACUGUAACUCAGGCAGGGCAACGAGGAGAUAGAACAGGUAGGGAAAGGGAACGAGGCAGACCCGGUAUAGACCGAGAUCAAUGUGCCUACUGCAAGGAGAGAGGACAUUGGGUUAAGGACUGUCCAAAGAAACCCAAUACCCGAAGAGGAACUAACCGGACCCCUCAAUUACUAGCCCUGGAUGAAGAUUAGGGGAGUCAGGGCCAGGAGCUCCCCCCUGAGCCCUGGGUAACUUUGCAAGUAGGGGGGCAACCUGUAACCUUCCUAGUAGAUACUGGAGCCCAACAUUCGGUGUUAACACGAACGCCAGGACCCAUGAGCCACAAAACGACGUGGGUCCAAGGCGCCACUGGAAGCAAGCCGUACCGAUGGACCACCAAGAGAGAAGUACACCUUGCUACAGGUAAAGUUUCCCAUUCGUUUCUGCAUGUGCCUGAUUGUCCAUAUCCACUACUAGGAAGAGACUUAUUAACCAAGUUAAGAGCUCAAAUCUAUUUUAAAAAUGGGAGUGCCUCCAUUACGGGACCAGAUCAAGCCCCUUUACAUGUAUUAACGUUCAAAUUAGAGGAUGAAUAUAAACUUUUUAGCAAACCUCCUACACUUGACAAGGACAUAAACUAUUGGCUUGAGUCCUACCCGGAGGCAUGGGCUGAAACUGGUGGAAUGGGGAUGGCUAAACAACAACCUCCAAUAGUCAUUUACCUAAAAACCACUGCUACUCCUGUAAAUAUUAAACAGUAUCCUAUGUCAAGAGAAGCUUACCAAGGCAUCAGGCCACAUAUCAAAUGCCUCCUAGACCAAGGAAUUCUAACCCCUUGCCGGUCGCCAUGGAACACCCCAUUGUUACCAGUAAAAAAGCCGGGAACAAAUGAUUAUAGGCCUAUCCAGGACUUAAGAGAGGUAAACAAAAGGGUAGAGGACAUCCACCCCACGGUGCCUAACCCCUACAAUCUCCUCAGCACCUUGCCUCCCACCCAUACUUGGUACACCGUUCUAGACUUAAAAGAUGCCUUUUUCUGUUUGAGACUGUGCCCUCAAAGCCAGGCCCUCUUUGCAUUUGAAUGGAAAGAUCCCAACGAAGGGGUCUCCAGUCAAUUGACCUGGACCAGACUGCCACAAGGGUUCAAGAAUAGCCCGACGCUCUUCGAUGAAGCCUUACAUAAGGACCUGGCCAAUUUCCGCGUAAGACACCCCUCCUUAAUUAUGCUCCAAUAUGUAGAUGACAUCCUGUUGGCUGCUACCACCGAGGAGGAUUGUCUUACAGGUACGGAGGCAUUAUUGCGAACUUUGGGACAGUUGGGGUACAGGGCAUCGGCUAAAAAGGCACAAAUCUGUCAGACAAAAGUUACUUACCUUGGCUAUGAACUUCAUAAUGGCCAACGAUGGCUAACCACAGCCAGAAAAGAAACUAUCUCAAGCAUACCAACUCCCCAGAACCCUAAACAACUACGGGAAUUUCUGGGCACAGCAGGUUUCUGCAGACUUUGGAUUCCUGGGUUUUCCGAGAUAGCGGCCCCUUUAUACCUGCUAACCAAACAAAGUAACCCCUUUACCUGGACUGAGAAGCACCAAUUGGCAUUUGAUCGUAUCAAAUUGGCCCUUCUGUCAGCCCCCACCUUAGGCCUACCAGCCGUUACCAAGCCUUUUGACUUGUUUGUGGAUGAAGAACAGGGCUAUGCUAAAGGAGUCCUAACCCAAAAACUGGGACCCUGGAGGCGUCCUAUAGCCUAUCUGUCCAAGAAAUUGGAUCCAGUGGCGUCAGGAUGGCCACCAUGUCUUCGAAUGAUAGCAGCAGUGGCUAUCCUAAUUAAGGAUGCCACUAAGCUGACUCUGGGACAGCCAUUAACUUUGUUAACCCCUCAUGCCAUCGAGGCAAUAAUUUGCCAACCACCUGACCGCUGGGUGUCCAACGCCCGACUCACCCAUUACCAGUCCUUGCUGCUGGACACGGACCGGAUUCAGUUCGGCCCCAUGGUCACACUGAACCCAGCAACCCUCCUGCCGCUUCCUGGAAAAGCAAAUCCCCACAACUGCCAGCAGAUUCUUGCAGAAACACAAGGAACCCGACCAGACCUCACGGACCAACCUAUGAAAGAUGCAGAACUGGUCUGGUACACCGACGGGAGCAGUUAUUUGCUCAAUGGGGAACGGCGAGCAGGAGCAGCCAUCACCACCGAAUCUGAGGUAAUCUGGGCGAGUGCAUUGCCGGGUGGAACCUCAGCUCAGCGGGCAGAACUAAUAGCUCUGACACAAGCCUUAAAGUUGGCUGAGGGAAAGAAGCUAAAUGCGUAUACGGACAGUAGAUAUGCCUUUGCCACUGCUCAUAUACACGGGGAAAUUUACAGACGGCGAGGGCUACUAACUUCAGAUGGGAAAGAAAUCAAAAAUAAGACUGAAAUAUUGGCCUUACUUAAAGCUCUAUUUCUGCCUAAAAAGUUAAGUAUCAUGCAUUGCCCUGGCCAUCAAAGAGGAGAUACUCCGGAGGCCAGGGGAAACAGAUUGGCCGAUGAGACAGCCAGAAAAGCAGCCCAGGGGCCUCAACUCUUGACGCCUCUUACAACCCAGAGGACCAUACCUGGGAAUAUCAGGAAAAAACCAUAAUGCCCCUUAAAAAUGCUAAAAAAAUUAGUAAAAUCAUUACACAAACUGACACAUCUUGGGGCUAAAAAGAUGAAAGAACUCUUAGACCGUGGAGAGGGUACUCUAUAUCUUCCAAAUAGGGAUCGACUCCUCCAGCGAGUUGCAGAAAAUUGUCAGGCAUGUGCCCAGGUAAAUGCUGGUAAAGUUAAACUUGGAACAGGAGUCCAGGUUCGAGGACAUAAACCCGGGACACAUUGGGAAAUAGACUUCACUGAAGUCAAACCUGGUAUGUAUGGAUAUAAAUAUCUUCUAGUCUUUGUUGAUACUUUUUCCGGAUGGGUAGAGGCAUUCCCCACCCGGCAUGAAACUGCCAAAACCGUUGCUAAGAAGCUAUUGGAAGAAAUUUUCCCAAGGUAUGGGGUACCCGGAACAAUUGGGUCAGAUAACGGGCCUGCCUUCGUCUCCCAGGUAAGUCAGGCGGUGGCCAAUUCGCUGGGGAUUAAUUGGAAGUUACAUUGUGCAUAUAGACCCCAAAGCUCAGGGCAAGUAGAAAGAAUGAAUAGAACAAUCAAGGAGACUUUAACUAAAUUAACGCUUGAAACUGGCACUAGAGACUGGGUACAACUCCUACCCUUAGCUUUAUAUCGGGCCAGAAAUACUCCUAGCCCUCAGGGACUAACCCCAUUUGAAAUCCUAUAUGGUGCCCCACCACCUGCUGUUAAUCUCUAUGAAACUGAAAUUUCUGCCUCCCUCACCCCAUCUGUGCAGACUCAUUUACGCGCACUGCAAUUGGUCCAGAACGAGGUCUGGAAGCCAUUAGCAGCGGCAUAUAAAGAAGAACUCAAAACCCCUUCGGUGCCACAUUCCUUCAAAAUCGGGGACACUGUCUGGGUACGCAGACACCAGAACAAGAACCUUGAACCCCGGUGGAAAGGACCCUACACCGUCCUGUUGAACACACCUACUGCAAUCAAGGUGGAUGGCAUCGCAGCCUGGAUUCACACUUCUCAUGUAAAGGCUGCACAUCCACAAGACCCAGCGGUUACUCCCCGAGACUCGGGAUGGAAAUUGCAGCGUACUCAAAACCUGCUAAAGAUAAGACUUACGCACUGUUAA